AUGAGCAUUGAGGAGCUGAUCCAGGCCAUUCGGCCUCUGAAAGGAGAGGUGAUCCCCAUCCGAACCGUACAGGAGACACAACCUCCUGAAGGAUUUGAUGAUGCUUAUGUCGCAGAAGUAAACGUGAAAGCUGCUUCAAAGGUGAUCAAAGCUCUUGAUGCUGCUUUCCCUCGCGAUCCUUCCCUCCCUCUGACACAUUUGCGCCGCUUCGCGAAACGGACCAUGCUGCCACCCACCCUGCUUGCAGAGCUCGAGGCGAACAAGCCCACGGUGAACCAUGGCCCAACCAUCUUCGUCCUUAUUGCGCCUCCAUUGCCAGAUGUUGAUAUUUUGCUGGCGCUCCUGGCUCCUUUCGCUCCCUCUACUCGCCGGCCUUCUGCGACACCUCCCGCCGACAAACCUUCGUCUCCCUCUUCUCCUUCCUCGUCUAGGCACUUCAAAAAGACUCCAACACCAGAACCUUCCCCUCUCAAGGUCCGCCUCCUAAAAACAAGUGUUCCAAUUUAUCCCCCGUUCAAUGCCGCACAAGCCGAAAAAUGGAGCAAGACCCUCUGGCCGGUCGUUUUCAACCCCGCUGCACCCCGCGCCACUGUCGCUCCUCCACCACAAAUCCUGAAUCGGGCUCUCGAAUCCAUUCAGCCGCGCGCCGGUCACUAUCUGGCUCUUGCACGCACAGUUGCCGAAGAAGCAAAGCAGUCCAGCCGCGGCCGUGGCGUGGGUGCUGUCAUUGUCGACCCGAUCAUUGAAGCAAAACUGGAAACUACAGCCUGGGAACAGAACCGCGAUAGCACAGAGCAUUGGAUGGACGCUGUUGUUGCUGUGGCCGGCGAUGCUCGUUACGGUCGUUCUGAGGCUGGUGCGCCCUCUCAGCGUGACCAGCACCCUGGCGUAGCACCGCAUCCAGCUAGCAAGACCUAUGACGCAACUUUGGAGGGUGGCCCAGACCUCCAUGCACUUAUGCGUGCCACAGAGUUCGUUGCCCGUCGCCGGCGAGAGGAUGUCCAGCACCAGGCUGAGACUGCAGGGCGGAUGACUUCGGUCAUCGCCUCUGACCCGCAGCUCGCCAAUCAGUUUAGCCGUCUCGAGUCACAUUUCCUGUACGCAGUUGGCCUUCCAGCUACCAACAUGCCCGAGCCAGUCAUGCCUUCAUCCCCUCGCAAGCGAAAGCACGAAGAACCAAACCCAGAGACGGCGCUGAAUAUUCCAGCCACUGCUCCCGAAGCAUUUAAUCAGUCUACAAGAGAUUUGUCCAUUGCUCCGGAGCACCGGGCUCUUUCUUCUACUGGCGCUACUACGAUAUCGGAUCCCACCACCUUCCCUUCCAUCAUUGAUACCGCCCUUGAAAAUCCGACGAUUUCGGGCACUACAACCCCCCCCUCCUCCUCCUACAUCUAUCUUUCCCACGAACCGUGUCUCUGCUGCUCAAUGGGCAUGCUGCUCUCCCGUUUCCGGGCCGUGAUCUUCCCGCGCUCCGGACGCAUGCAAAGCGGUGGCCUUGCUUCCGAGCCUGUUGGUGCCCCGGUCCCUCUUGAUGAUGAGAACAACAAUCAUGACGAUAAUGACCAAAUUGAUACCACCGAAUGCACCAAGCACAAAAAGGACCGUAAGUACUACGGCCUACACUGGCGAAAGGAGCUGAACUGGCGCAUUCUGGGAUUCGAGUUCGUUGAGGUGAAUGAUGGUGCUGAGACCGUCGAUGACGAGGCAGAUACUGUUUUCCAUGCCUAA